UGCCCCACAGCACUGCUCUUCCAGAGGCAAGACCAACCAAGAUGAGUGCCCUGGGAGCUGUCAUUGCCCUCCUGCUCUGGGGACAGCUUUUUGCAGUGGACUCAGGCAAUGAUGUCACGGAUAUCGCAGAUGAUGGCUGCCCGAAGCCCCCCCAGAUUGCACAUGGCUAUGUGGAGCACUCGGUUCGCUACCAGUGUAAGAACUACUACAAACUGCGCACAGAAGGAGAUGGAGUGUACACCUUAAACAAUGAGAAGCAGUGGAUAAAUAAGGCUGUUGGAGAUAAACUUCCUGAAUGUGAAGCAGUAUGUGGGAAGCCCAAGAAUCCGGCAAACCCAGUGCAGCGGAUCCUGGGUGGACACCUGGAUGCCAAAGGCAGCUUUCCCUGGCAGGCUAAGAUGGUCUCCCGCCAUAAUCUCACCACAGGGGCCACGCUGAUCAAUGAACAAUGGCUGCUGACCACGGCUAAAAAUCUCUUCCUGAACCAUUCAGAAAAUGCAACAGCGAAAGACAUUGCCCCUACUUUAACACUCUAUGUGGGGAAAAAGCAGCUUGUAGAGAUUGAGAAGGUUGUUCUACACCCUAACUACUCCCAGGUAGAUAUUGGGCUCAUCAAACUCAAACAGAAGGUGUCUGUUAAUGAGAGAGUGAUGCCCAUCUGCCUACCUUCAAAGGAUUAUGCAGAAGUAGGGCGUGUGGGUUAUGUUUCCGGCUGGGGGCGAAAUGCCAAUUUUAAAUUUACUGACCAUCUGAAGUAUGUCAUGCUGCCUGUGGCUGACCAAGACCAAUGCAUAAGGCACUAUGAAGGCAGCACAGUCCCCGAAAAGAAGACACCGAAGAGCCCUGUAGGGGUGCAGCCCAUACUGAACAAACACACCUUCUGUGCUGGCAUGUCUAAGUACCAAGAAGACACCUGCUAUGGCGAUGCGGGCAGUGCCUUUGCCGUUCACGACCUGGAGGAGGACACCUGGUACGCGGCUGGGAUCCUAAGCUUUGAUAAGAGCUGUGCUGUGGCUGAGUAUGGUGUGUAUGUGAAGGUGACUUCCAUCCAGGACUGGGUUCAGAAGACCAUAGCUGAGAACUAAUGGAAGGCUGGCCGGAAGCCCUUGCCUGAAAGCAAGAUUUCAGCCUGGAAGAGGGCAAAGUGGACAGGAGUGGACAGGAGUGGAUGGGAUAAGAUGUGGUUUGAAGCUGAUGGGUGCCAGCCCUGCAUUGCUGAGUCAAUCAAUAAAGAGCUUUCUUUUGACUCAUUUCU